UUCUCCAUCUUUGACUGCUGUUAUAGUUUUCUGGCUACCAGAACCCCUGAACUCGAAAGCAGAAAUCUCGCAUAUAAACAUGGCCAAGUGCCUAUGGAUGCAAUCUUUGGGAACAAUCCUCCCCUGGACUCUUUUCAGAGAAGAACGGCUUAAUAAUUAGCACUGUCAUCGAGAAAGUGUUUGAUUUGACACAGGCGUCUUGGUCAUUGUUCCAGAUUUGCCAGAGAGGUCAAUGUAGAACGUGUUGAUGCACUGGCUGAAUGAGGACAUCAGCGAUUUCAAGAUCCGAAUCAUUGAUGGAGAAUGGUCCAAACUAGACCACGGCGUUGAGAAAGACAGCGAAAUUCUGACUGCUGGCGAGAUAGAGAUCCCACUCCUCAGAAGUACAUACUUCCCAGCGUCCAACUCUGCCGAAACCACCCCGCUCCUUUCUCCCUCACUAUCCAAUACAAUGUCAGUCAGAGCGCCUCUGGUCCAGGGUGGCCAUAUUCGCGAUCCGUUGCGCGUCCCGGAGGCUUUCAUCUCCAGAACCCUCCCUGAGGUUUACAACAAUACUAUCGUGGUCGCUGCUACCCAUCCCGCCCUCAACAGCACGCAUGCCACAUCUGACGGUUGGUUCCUCUCGGAUUUUUAUGCCUUCAACUACCUUCUGAAAGGCAUGGGCCAUCCUGGAGACAAGGAUCAGAAUGUGUCAGGCCAGGUUUUGCAUGCAUACCAGAUUCCUUCAUCUGGAUAUGGAUAG